AUGGUGCUGUGGCAUGUCCAUCUUUUAAGAGUUCUCCUGACUGCAGUGUUGUCAGUCACCCUCGCCUCAGCGCUAGGCCCAUACAGCGUGUUGGUUCUCGGACCAGUUGGCACCCACAGCUUGUACUACCUCACCAAAUCCCUCUCCGAGGCUCUGGGAGAUGCAGGACACUCAGUCACUCUCCUCUCGACGUUCGGACCAUCUUCCAGCCACCCGAUGGUCACAGAAGUCACCACUGGUGCCUCAGUGGACUACCUGGAAGAUUACAACUUCUUCGACAUGAGACACCCUUUGAGCAUGAAGGGGUGGCAUAUGGAAGCCACGAAGAUCAUGCCCGUGAUGUGGACCAAUGCCGAUGUGAAACGCCUCUGGGAGAGACGGCGAAAGUUUGAUGCCAUUGUGAUCAUCAGCUAUGCCAAUGAGGUUGCUGUGCCAUUUCUCCUGGAUUACGAGGGAGCCUUCAUCAGCUUCUGCACUCCAGGAACAGAGCUGUUCUCCGUGUCGCAUCUCGGCCAUUGGCUUCCCAUGUCAAUAGUGCCAUCGAUCGUGCUUCCAUUUGAUGAGCACAUGAGCCUCCUAGAGAGGCUGGUCAUCCCACUUAUGAGUGGGAUUAUCUACGUAGUUUAUUACUGGCACUCUCUGCCCUUAAUUCAGAAGAUUGUGGAAGAGUACUUUCCGCAGAUGCCUCCCAUUCAAGACCUGUAUGAAAACAGUCAUGUGAUGCUCAUCAAUGUGCACUUUGCCCUUGAUGAACUCAUUCCACUGCUACCUACUCAGGUUGAGGUUGGGACUAUAUGCGCUAAACCUCCAAAGCCAUUGCAACAGGAUCUUGAAGAGUUUGUUAAUGGGUCUGGCGAAGCAGGGGUCAUCUACUUCAGUCUAGGUAGUGUUAUCAAAGCUAAGGACAUACCUCAACAUCUGAAGUUAUAUCCCCUCCAUGAGUUGUCAGAACUUAGGAUUUAUCUAGACAAUAUUAUUUUGCUGCCUGACUGGAAAAUUUCAACAUGCAUGAUCUGCCAUUCAAAGACAAGACGCUUCAUAUCUCACUGUGGCAACAUUGGAACUCAGGAGGCCAAGUAUCACGGCAUUCCAGUCCUGGCUGUUCCAGUGGCCUUUGACCAACCGAGGAAUGCAGCUCGGAUGGCUAGGAAAGGGUUUGGCUUGGUGUUGGACUGGGAAGAUAUGACUACAGAGGCCAUAGUAGACGCGGCCCAAACUAUACUCAACGAUACUUCGUACGCCUUUCGACUGAAACAGGUCUCCGAGGCACUGAGAGACCAGAAGGAGACUCCAGCAGAGAGAGCCGUCUGGUGGAUUGAAUAUGCCAUUCGGAGUAACGCCUGUAACUCCUCUUAUCUGGAGUAUGCUGGCAAGAAACUGCACUUCCUCCAGUACAUACAGGAAGAUGCGAUCGCGUUCUGGGUAGCAGUUCUUGUAAUUCUUUAUUCUGUCUGCGCACGACUCUGCAGAUACUGUGGCAAGGGGAGAAAGGAGGCAGAGAGCAGGACGGAAAAAGUCAGUUGAAUGGAAUGUGUCUUUUGCAAGUACUAGUACCUACUAGUCAAAUCUGAGGAUGCAAGCUAUGAGAAGGAGAGGCGAGUUAUAUUAAGAGCAAGAAGUGAAGUGUGGAGGAGACCCAUUUGCAGGUGUAACAUCGCUCAAAAUAUAUGGUCACUUGGUAUAUCAAAAACAGCUGAAAAUCAGUAGAGUGACAUUAGCUGGUUGCCAAAAAUACUUGAUACAAAUGUGUUUUUAAUCUUCACUCAUACGGUGCUGUCUCUGUUGUUCAAAGUCAUCUAAUAAAAGAGCAGAAGACAGACUUUGGACAGAACUGUUUCUUUCAUUUGACCUUAGAACAGAUUAGAUUGAGAGAGAGAGACCAGAAAUCAAGCGU